AUGUUUAAAAGAAAAUCAGUAAUAACUAAUGGUGGUACUCAACCACGAUCAAAAUCACCACCUGGUAAUAAAAAAAGUAGUAUUACUUCACCGAGGUUUUAUGAAAUUCUCGAUUAUUUUGCUUCGAGGAUGAAUGAUGAUAUAUCAUCACCAAUUGAUUUUGAACAUCUUAUUCAUACCGAAAGUGAAGAACAAGCUCAAGAAAUAUUAUCAUAUUGGAGUCUGAACCCUACUGAAAAUAAAAUGCCAGAUACUUCAAUACAGUAUAAAACUUUACCAAAUUCAUUUAUUGGAAAAGACAGUAAUAUAUUACCUGAUGGUGUACAAGAAAAUAGUACUGGAACUGUUAUAAUCAAGAAUUCUGAACCUUACAACAAUCGGUAUCUUGAUCAGUAUUCUGAUCCUUCGCAACAAAAUAUAGUUCCAUCUUUGACUACAAUUGAAAAAUCUGUUGCUGCUAAAAUUUAUUUUGAAAACUACUUUUAUGGUAUUCUCAAGAAACCAUCAGGACGUGCUAAAAGACGUUUACAACUUGAAUCUGAACUUGAAAAAAUGGCAAUUUCUGAUAAGGAUAAACGUGAAAUUCGUCAAGAAUGGCUUACACUUGAAUCUGACUAUAUGCGUCUUUUACGUAAAAAAAUUACUAUCAAUGCUUUUCAAAUGAUUAAAACAAUAGGUCAUGGUGCUUUUGGUGUUGUUAAACUUGUUCGUGAAAAAAAUACUGGUAUAUUAUAUGCAAUGAAAAUAAUGAGAAAAGCUGAUAUGUUAAAAAAAGGUCAAGAAGGUCAUGUACGUGCAGAAAGAGAUCUAUUAACCGCUGCUUCUGAAUCUGCUCGAUGGAUAAUAAAGUUAAUUUAUUCUUUCCAAGACGCUGAUCAUUUAUACCUUGUUAUGGAAUAUAUGCCUGGUGGUGACUUACUAAAUUUACUUAUCGAAAUGGAUACUUUUCCCGAAAAUUUUGCUAAAUUUUAUGUUGCUGAAAUGGUUUUAUGUAUUGAAGAGGCCCAUAAAAUGGGCUACAUCCACCGUGAUAUAAAGCCUGAUAACUUUCUUUUUGAUAGAGAGGGUCAUAUAAGGCUUUCGGAUUUUGGUUUGGCUACAGAUUUUCAUUGGGCUCAUGAUUCAUCAUAUUAUGAUCAACAACGUCGCGAUCUUUUACGUAAAACUGGUGUUGACGUUGAAACUGAUACUCUUUCAAGAUUAAUGGGAAAAAAAUAUCAAUCAACAAAAUGGUUGAAUAAAUGGUCUGAUGAUUCUGAUUCUGAUAAUGAUGUACCUAAAACUCGUAUCUUAAGUUGGAGAGAUAAGCAUCGUAAGAAUAUGGCUUACUCUGUUGUCGGAACAAAUAAUUAUAUGGCACCUGAAGUUUUAAGAGGUUCUGGUUAUGGCAGAGGUUGUGAUUGGUGGAGUCUUGGUGUAAUUAUUUACGAAAUGUUAUAUGGGUAUCCACCAUUUUGUUCCAAGUCUCGUCACACAACUCGUCUAAAGAUUAUUGAUUGGCAAAACCAUCUGAAAUUUCCUCUUAUGCCUUUUGUUUCUCGUGAAGCUCAGGACCUAAUAAAAAAGUUAAUCUGUGAAAAGGAAAUUCGUCUUGGUUCGGGUCCUUCAAGAUCUACAAUUCGACCAAAUGGACUUUACCUCGCAAAUAGAAAAUCCGCUGCAUUGGGUUUAGGAGACGCAUCAGAUAUUAAAUCACAUCCUUGGUUUAAAGGUGUUGACUGGGAUAAUCUUCAUAAGAUGAAACCACCAUUUGUACCUCGACUAAAGGAUGAAAUAGAUACUAGAUACUUUGAAGACAAUAUUGAUGAUAGUCCGUUAGCACCUCCUGAGGGUGAGAGGAAACCAAAAGACCCUAUGUUGAGAGAUAAGCGACACGGUAAAGAUAUAUUAAAUAUGCGAAAGGCAUUGGCAUUUGUUGGAUACACGUAUAAAGGAUUACCUACUGAACAACAAAGAGGUGGAAUGGCUGAGCGAAUAGCGGGAAGAUCUAGUUUUGGUGGUGCAAGUUUGAGAAUUCGAUCAAUGAGUUUGUGA